UCUCUUUGUACGGAAACGAACGUUAGAUGAGAAAACAGGUUUAUUAUACACGUCUCAUCAUUUUGGCGUUGCCAUUGAACGUUAAAAGGAACGCUUAAGGAGGAAGGGCGUACUGUGAUGAUAAAUUCUGAUAUGCAGUUGAGAAUUAAACGACGGAUCGAGAGAGAAUCAAGUGUAAACAUCUCAAAUUCUGAUUUUGUAAAUGAGCAGUCCAAUGGAUCUAUACAAUUGCAUGAUGAACCAACAAUUGAUUACCCUGAUGACGAUGGUCUCGACGAUGAUCCAGACGGUGAUCUCGACGAUGAUCUCGAAGAACUCAAAACAAUAAUUCCCCGAGUAGUUGAAAAAAUGCAGAAAAUAAAUAGAUCAUCAGAUUUUAUAUCCGUGUUGAAUAACAUUGCAAGUGGAGCAUUGUAGGGCAACAUCUCACUUCAUCUUCUGCUUGAUAUAGGUCGCUAUCUUAG